UAGUAGCAUUUAUUGUGCAUGUGUACAGGUGGCAGUGUAUGUGGUGGCGACCAUCGCUCUGCUGGCGGUGCUGAUGAGGGACUCACCAUGUUCUAACUCCCACCCUACACACCCACUCCUGAUUAUCUCCCUCGAUGGGUUCUGGGCGCAGUACAUGGACAGGGGCGUCACGCCCACGCUGCAGGCCCUCGCUGACGGAGGGGUAAAGGCGGCCUACAUGAAACCUUCAUACCCCACCCUCACCUUCCCCAACCACUAUACCAUCGCGACGGGAUUAUAUCCUGAGUCUCAUGGGAUUAUCGCCAACUCUUUCUACGACCCCGAGUACAAUAGCUCCUUCGGUAUGAGUACCCCUGACCCUAAGUGGUGGGGCGGUGACCCUAUAUGGAACACCAUCAGAAGACAGGGUAAGAUAAGUGCCACGUACUUCUGGCCGGGUUCCGACAAAAACAUCAGUGGUACAUACCCAACAUACUAUAAAAACUACGAUGGCGACGUCCCCUACAAAGAUCGCGUCGAUCAGGUAGUGUCGUGGUUGAUAAUGCCAAAGAAGAAGAGACCGGAUUUGAUCACACUUUAUUUUGAGGAGCCAGACCACACCGGACAUGGCAGUGGACCCGACUCCCAGGAGGUGACGGAGCAGUUGAAGAUUGUGGACGACAUGAUAAAAAGAUUAAUAAAAAGCAUGGAUGAUUACCGCAUCACUCCCUGUGUGAACAUGAUCAUCCUAGCUGACCACGGCAUGGCAGCCGCAGGCAGCGAACGGGUAAUCAACCUUCCUGAAUAUAUUCCAAAUAUUACUACGAGCGCUAUCACCUUCGUUGGUUCUUUCAGCAGGAUAAGACCCAGGAAUGACAGUGAGGAGGUGAAGAUGACGUUCAUGGACAAGUUGGUGGGGCAGAAGAAGGAGAUGAGAGUGUACCCGAAGGAGGAUCUGCCCACCAGGUAUCAUUUCUCCAACAACCGGAGAAUCGAGUCCAUAGUGCUGGACCUGGACGCCGGCUGGACCACUAAUAUCUCUUAUCCAGACGCUCUCGAGGGUCAGCAUGGCUACGAUAACUUCUUCACUUCUAUGAAUGCUCUGUUCAUCGCGUCUGGGCCAGACUUUAAGACGCAGAUGGAGACAGAACCAUUCCAGAACAUCGAGCUCUACAACCUCAUGUGUUACCUGACGGGGGUGACUCCCUCACCCAACAAUGGCACCUUUGGUUCCCUCCAUCACAUCCUGGCCAACCCUCCAGCUCCACCCACACUUCCACCAGAGACCAAGCCGCCCACCUCUCCCUAUCCUAUGGUGAUGUAAAACCCUUCUUGGACAUAUCUGAAUCCCCCAGGAA